UGCAAUUAUGGGGAUCUGAAGUUGGUUUAAAGUUUCAGUUCAACAGAUGGAGAGAGAGGGGCAACACUGAGUACAACUACAGAGAGUACUGCAGUAACAACAGGAGUAUCAUUAAAACGUGUUCUUGUGUUAUAACAUCAGUUUUAAUAUUAAUAUCAGAUUACUUUUUGUGGUUUUGGUUUUAUUUUUUUAUAGAUAUUAUUAUUAGUAGUUGAACUCUGAUGGCUAAGUGGGGAGAAGGAGAUCCUCGAUGGAUUGUUGAGCAGAGAGCUGAUGGGACAAACGUCAACAACUGGCACUGGACGGAGCGUGAUGUCAGCAGCUGGUCAUCGGACCGUCUCAGUCAGCUGUUGGUGGGGGUGCAGGUGGAGGGGCCGGAGGGGGCGUGUCAGCUGACCGACAUCGCCAAACUGGACGGAGAGGCCUCCAUCAACAACCGCAAAGGGAAACUCAUUUUCUUCUAUGAGUGGCAGCUCAAAGCCAAUUGGUUGGGGACGUCUAGUAGGGGUCUGAAGUUCAGGGGAACCGUUGAGGUGUGCAACCUGUCGGACGAGAACGACAUGGACGACCUCGAUAUCUCAGUGUCUCUGUGCAAAGACCAGCCCGACACGCCGCUCCUCGACCUCAUGAAGAAGAAAGGGGUCCAGGAGGUCCGGAAGGCUCUGGGCGAGUAUGUCCGCCAACUCAAAUCAGAGUUCAGUCAGGGGAUGAUCCUACCCUCCGCCAAUGGACCGAAGCCUGCAACCGCGAAAAGGACCCAAGUCCAGACCAGUAAAACUCAGAUUAGCCCCGCCCCCAAGUGCUCUUCUAGCCCCGCCCCCAAGUGCUCUUCUAGCCCCGCCCCCGCUUCAUCAGGUGUUCGGAUCUCAACCUGCAGCUUCAGCCUGAAUGAAACCUUUCGAACAUCAGCGGACGAGCUCUACAGGACGUUCAUCAACCAAGAGUUCGUCCAGGUGUUCUCGCGCUCGGCGGCGGUGGUGGACGGCCGUCGCGGUGGGAGGUUCCAGAUGUUAGACGGCAGCGUCAGUGGAGAGUUCACACAGCUGGUACCAGACAAGAAGAUCGAGAUGAGGUGGCGGUUCAGGACGUGGCCUAGCGAACAUUACGCCACCAUCAGUCUGGAUCUGCAAGACCAAGGAGACGAGACUGAGCUGAGGAUGGAGUGUCGCGGAGUUCCUUCAGGGGAGGAGGACUCCACCAGAGAGGGCUGGACCCGGUUCUACUUCCAGGCCAUCAAGCAGACCUUUGGAUACUGACAGACUGUGGAGCAGUUUACCCUGACGCUCGUCUGACAGGCUGACUGAGAGGAGGGAGCCUUCCUGAUCUGGAGUCCUGUCGCAGUCAGGGUCAGAUCAGGGUUUUCCUGUGAACUCGCUACAGAGACAGGCACAGGUUAGCCUAGCUUAGCAUAAAGAGUUAAAUCUGCUGGAAACGGUUGCUGUUAGAGUGAAAACUUCAGGACUGUCCCUUUAAAGUUUGAUGUGACUGAAUCAGUGUUUAAAUAAACGAGCCAACAGGCUCAGUACGAACACUUUCAACUGAUCAGGACCAGGAGACCGGGAUUAGAGUCAGGACCAGGUUCUGGACUACAGGCAGUCAAAAGAACAAUAAAACAUUUGUUUCAGA